AUGGCGGACCGUCGGAGGCAGCGCGCCUCGCAGGACAGCAGCGAGGACGAGGAGUCCGACUCGCCGCCCGGCAGCGCGGCCCCUUCCCCGCGGGGCGCCCACCGCUCUGGCCUGGCCGUGGCGGGAGGGGGCGGCGGCGGCGGCGCUGCUGUUGACGCCGUGAGCGCGGAGGCGCCGGUGACGGUGGGAGGCAGCCCCGCCGACUCGGAGUGUGAAAGUGAAGACGGCAUAGAAGGAGAUGCUGUUCUUUCUGACUAUGAAAGUGCUGACGACUCAGAGGCUGAGGAGGGGGAAUACAGCGAGGAGGAGACAUCCAAAGUGGACCUGAAGCGGGAGAGUAAUGAAACUAAUGAGCUGACAAGAAAAUCAGACAAAGGGGAUGAAAAACCAGAAUCGAAAGGCACUGUGGCAGGCGAGAGGCAGAGUGGGGAUGGCCAGGAAAGCACUGAACCAAUUGAGAACAAGGUGGGCAAAAAGCUUCCUAAGCACCUGGAUGAUGACGAGGACCGGAAGAACCCUGCAUACAUACCUCGCAAAGGUCUUUUCUUUGAGCAUGACCUUCGUGGGCAAACUCAGGAAGAGGAAGUCCGGCCUAAGGGCCGCCAGCGCAAGCUGUGGAAAGAUGAGGGACGGUGGGAGCAUGACAAGUUCCGGGAAGACGAGCAGGCACCGAAAACAAGGCAGGAGCUGGUUGCUCUUUAUGGGUAUGAUAUCCGCUCAACACACAACCCUGAUGACAUCAAGCCCAGGAGAGUGCGCAAACCAAGAUUUGGGAGUCCACCACAGAGAGAGCCAGAUUGGGCCAAUGAACGGCCUAGUAAACCGCCACGGCACCAGAGCCUAGAAAGUACUCCCGUGCCACCCAGGACAUUCAUCAAUAGGAACUCCGCAGGGACAGGACGGAUGCCCCCACCGAGGACUUUCCCAAGACCCGGUGGCUACAAAGAGAGCCGUCCAUGCUACCGGGCUGUGGAUGUGAACAGCCAGCAUGCGCCUCGCUUCAGUGAGCAGUCAAAGCACGAGAGCAAUUACCGUUCCAGGCGUUUGGAGCCCCUCCCACCACGAGAGCCUUCUCCUGAAGUAGAGAUUCCGCACAUUCGCAACAGCCCUGUUAAAAAGGAAGAAGUGGUUUCGGAAAGCCCAGCAGCUCCUGCAGAUGUUCUGCAGCCACCACCAGAUAGGCCAGUGGAGAAGAAGUCCUACUCCCGGGCAAGGAGGACUCGGACCAAAGCAGGCGAGACGGGGAAGUUGGCCGAGGAAGUCCCGCUUCCAUUGGGGUUGACUCCUGCACCUCUGAAAACUACUGAGGUUAUACCAUCCCCUUCGCCAGCAAAGACUGGUAACUGGGAGGUGCCUGUUGAAGCUAGCCUAGAUGGGCUCGAGCAAGAUAUAACCCAGUUAAAUAUAACAGAACAGAACUGGAGUCCAGGGCAGCCCCAGUUCAUACAACCUCAGGGUAUUCCUAACCAGAUGCACAUUGGAGCAGCCCCACCCCCUCAGUUCAACAGGAUGGAGGAGAUGGGUGUUCAGGCAGGCCGUGCAAAGCGUUACUCAUCGCAGCGUCAGAGGCCUGUCCCAGAGCCUGCUCCACCUGUGCACAUAAGCAUAAUGGAAGGGCACUACUAUGACACACUACAGUUCCAGGGACCGAUCUACACUCACAGCGAGAAUCCUGCCCCGCUGCCUCCCCAAGGGGUGAUUGUUCAGCCAGAAAUGCAUCUCUCCCAUCCAGGGUUACAUCCACACCAGACACCAGCACCUUUGACCAACCCUGGUUUAUAUCCUCCACCUGUCUCCAUGUCGCCGGGACAGCAGCCGCCGCCUCCCCCACCGCAACAACUGCUAGCACCGACCUACUUCUCCCCUCCCCCUGGAGUGAUGAAUUUUGGCAAUCCCAGUUACCCCUACCCUCCAGGACCACUUCCGCCGCCACCACCUCCCCAUCUGUAUUCCAAUGCUCAAGCCCAGUCUCAGGUGUAUGGAGGGGUCACCUAUUAUAACACAGUCCAGCAGCAAGUGCAGCCCAAACCUUCACCACCCCGAAGAACUUCGCAGCCUGUCACUAUCAAGCCCCCACCUCCUGAGAUUCUCGUUGCAGGUUGUAAACAGGGCUCCAGUUAACAUUUCUAAACGCUAUUGAAGGACAGCAGAAAUGAGAAAUCCAAAGAAAGGAACAACACUUAAGGACGCUGCACUUUGCUGGUUUCAGUAGAGUACCAGAGCUGGCACCUGUGGCAGGCAGAAGAUGGCUCCUUUGUGUGAGCUUCUCCUCUCCUUUCCAUUGGUAAUAGGUGAUGUACAUGGAUGCAGGCCCUUCUGCUGUGCCAUACCAUGCCAGUAUCUUGAUCAGGGGCCAGAUUGCCCACCAGGAGGGCAUCAGCGAAACCACAUAUCUUUACAGUCAGUCAGUCAGUCUCUCUCUCUCUCUCUCUCUCUCUCUCUCUC